UGCGAAUUGACGGAGCCUUAGGCUUUUUUAAAGAGCGUCACCCGGGACUCCUUUUGGUAAAGAAGGUCAGCAAAAUUUAGAAGAUCUUUUAUCACUCACUUGUAAGGUCGGAAACAGUUUAGUUAGCCGCGUCUAUUUCAGAAGCGUUUUGUAGGAAUUAACGUCGUUGAAUGUGAUAUGAGCGCAAUAAACAUGCUCCGUUUUAAACUGCUGGUAAUUAAUCUCCUCAUUGUCCUGAUCUCAUGGAUCUCAUUUGUCUCUCCUGAAAAAAAGAUUGUGGACAUUCAAACAGGUUAUGAUCCUGGCUCGUGUAGCAAGAAGAAACGUGGUUUGUUAAAAUUGAUAAAGGAUCGUUCUAACAAUGAUAAACUGUUAAUUUGCGCUGAACAAAAUGGAGUUAAUGCCUGGAAAACAACGGACGGUUCCAGUCCCUCUGGCGAAUAUUUCAAUCCCGGCUACGACUGCACGGAUAUUCUGAAUAAGAAUUUUGAGUCUCGAGAUGGAUUUUAUUGGAUAAAUUUGAAUCGAGGUGCUCCCAUGAGGGUCUAUUGUGACAUGACAACAGAUGGAGGAGGAUUUGCGCUGAUUGGUAAACUCAACAGUUCUGUAACAUGGAAAGUUCCAUCAAAAAACACAACAGUUGAUCCAUUUGGUGAAUCUCAGUGGUCCAGUGAUCUCGGUGACGCUCAAGUUCUUGAUUUCAGAAUACAAAUAUCAACCACGGAAAACUUAGCUAAUGCGAAUGCUCACUGGUCCUACAGACUGCGAAAUACACGUCCUCUUAAAAAUAUCAUGAUUGUUAAUCAGGGGGGUUGUGGAGCAACAUCACCAGGCAUUGGUGACAUCGCUUAUAUCAAAGAUCUCCGGACUGAGAAAAUUGUCGCGACAAAAUUUCGCUGCUCACAGUUUGGAACACAUCAACACUUUUUUCUAAAAAUUGGAUGGGCAAUGAUGAACGAAUGCUUCGAAAAACAAUGUCCCCAAGGUUUUGCUUUUCACCCAAAGUUUCCAAUUCAAACUGACUCGUCAGGGUCUUUCAGCUACAGUGUGGUGAGCGAAACAUCUGGAAUCAGUCGUAAUUCAACUGCAUUUAUCGGCUGUGAUAAAGGAGUGUGCUGCAGUUGUUUUAGUCCACCAGAUAGCAUAGACGAUCUCUGUGGCACCGAUUGUAAGGCAAAACCUGGCGCAACUUUGAUAAAGAAUGUUUAUUCAUGGUUCUGGGUGAGGACAUCUUCUCCAAAAAAAGUUUGGAACAAAUGCAUGGAUUAUAAAGUUUCUGAAACUAACGGAGACGAGGUCUGGUACAAGUUGGUUGGUCAAAACGUUGUCCCUAAGAGAGGUCGUUGUUCCACAAACGAGCCGCUUUUAAAUGACGGAAUUAUAGUUGUUCCUGAUAAUGGAAGUGUUAGUAAAAUUCCAGCCGUCUCAGGAAUAUUAAAAUUUCGAAAAGACAAUCAAAAACUUUAUGUAAGAUCAAAUGAAAGGUGGAAUGCGAUUGCAGAAGAGAAAAAGCUUAACUCCGCCAUUGCCACUCAAGUCAAUGCUGCCGUCGCUAAACUUACAUCACGUUUGGAUAAGUUGAAUCGGACAAUGGAAAUAAGAGCGAGGUCGAGUUGCGCUAGUUUGUAUCGAACCGGAGCAAGAAUCGACGGAGUCUACACAAUAGAUCCCGAUGGUAAAGGUUCGUUUCAAGUCAGGUGUGAUAUGAGCACAGACGGGGGUGGCUGGACCGUGUUUCAAAGAAGACAAGAUGGAAGUCAAGAUUUCUACCUUGGAUGGUCAGACUAUAAAACAGGCUUUGGUGAUCUUUACGGCGAGUUCUGGUUGGGCCUUGAUAAAAUACAUCGUUUGUCCAAUGGUCAAAAUGUUCUAAGAGUUGAUUUGAUGGAUUUCAAUGGCGCUGAACGUUACGCUAAAUAUGGAACGUUUAGUGUGGCUGAUGAAUCAGACAAAUACAGAUUGAAUAUUGGCAGUUAUUCAGGUAACGCAGGUGAUCCUCUUGAUUAUCACAAUCAAAUGCGGUUCACUACCAAGGAUCGUGACAAUGAUGCUGGUAGUGAUAAUUGUGCAACGAGCUACAAAGGAGCUUGGUGGUACAACUAUUGUCAUAUUUCUAACCUCAAUGGCCUGUACCUGACUGCAUUUCAGAAUAGUGCCACCGGAAUAAGAUGGAACACCUGGCACUAUGAUUCUAUGAAAAAGACAGAGAUGAAAAUUCGUCCAAACCAGUUCUAAGAAAAGGACCGGCUUUAGCAGGGACAUAAACAUUUGCCAAAUACAUACAGUGUGUUGAUUUUUUUAAUUGUAAACAGAAUAAUGCAUGGAAAUCAAUCUGUGAUUGUUUACUAUCAUUCUAGUCGCAAAAAAUACUCUAUUGGUAUAUAAUAACGGUACUAGAAAUACAUGCAUGCAGCAACCCCUCGCCAUUUUAAACGAAGCAAAAUAUUUCG